AUGGCAAACUCUGGUCUUCAGAUUUUGGGAUUUGCCCUGGCUCUCCUGGGCCUCAUUGGACUGAUCAUUGGCACCAUCUUACCCCAGUGGAAGAUGUCUGCUUAUGUGGGAGACAACAUCAUCACAGCGGUGGCCAUGUAUGAAGGUCUGUGGAUGUCCUGCGCCUUCCAGAGCACAGGCCAAAUCCAGUGCAAAGUGUAUGACUCCAUCUUGCAACUCAACAGUGCCCUCCAGGCGACCCGUGCUCUCAUGAUUGUGGCCAUUAUUGUAACAGUGGCUGGUCUGGGUGUAGCUUGCAUGGGAAUGAAGUGCACUACCUGUGGAGCAGAUGACAAAACCAAGAAAUCGAAGAUUGCUAUGACUGGUGGAAUUAUCCUGUUGAUUGGAUCUUUGUGCUCGAUUGUUGCCUGCUCGUGGUAUGCACAUGACAUUAUCCAAGCCUUCUACAAUCCCUUCACCCCUGUCAACACAAAGUACGAGUUUGGUUCUGCCAUCUUCAUCGCCUGGGCUGGUGCAUUCCUCGUCAUCAUUGGAGGUGCCAUGCUGGCUGCGUCUUGUCCACGAGGCAAAUCUGUAUCUGCAUCCAAGUAUCCCAGAGCUCCAAGCAGCACAGGCAAGGAGUACGUGUAA